AUGCCAAGGACACUACCUUGGCUUACUGGCGCCGGAACGACGAAACGAGAGCCGAAUUCGCCAGCUCCAGCGAUAAAGCGUACUUCGAGCCCGCGGGUGAAAAAUGAACAUGAGACGCCAACGAGAAAGGAGGCAAUUACAUCGAAGAAAGAUUUUCUGAAGUCUUCUCCAAGCCCCCCAUCCUCACCGAUUCAUCGCUGUCCGUCGGAAGAAUUCCUCCGCGAAGGCUUAGACCAAGACGAUAUCUACAUGAUGGUCGAAGACGAGUUCUGCUCCGUUGCUCAAUCCUUCACGCAGCAUCUUCACUACGCAGAGUACAUACGCCGGAAGAAAGAGGCGAAGGCACGAAAUGCGGAUACCGUCGCAGAUAUUGCGAGACCUACCGACGGAGCGACGCCGAUGAGCGAUGAGAUUAAGAAGAAAUACGCCGCAGAGGAGCUGAAGACGAAGCAGAAGGAGGGGAUCGAUGGAGUAUUGGGGGAACAGGCGGGGGAUGGGCGCGACGAGGAUGCUGGCGAUGACUUUGAGGCGGAGAAUUCGUGGGCCGGGACGCAUCUGCAGGAUCUUAUGCUGAGUCCCAGGAGAGUGAGGUCGUUGGUGGGGUUGCAGAAGGUCAAGUCCUCAACGAGGGCAGCGGCAGGGUUUUCGCAGUCGUCUGGGUUGGGGGGCGAUGAUGGCUUUACUGGCGGUGGCCCUGGGAAGGUGGACAUUAAGGAUCCCGUUGCAUUGGAGGAGACUACUGAUGAUGACGAUCUUGAUGUAGGAAUGGGUCACUCCACUCCUACGGUCGUGAGGGAUCAUGAGGCGUCUAAGACGGGAUUAUUGCGAAACACAUCGUCUACGAUGCGCCCAGUGUCGAAUACUACCCAGGCUAAAAGGAGAUUGAUAUUCGAUGACUUUGACGAGCUUCCGGAGCUGCGCAAGCCUAGUAUACAAACUGAAAAACGACAACCCAGUUCCACCAAUUUUAAACAGAAGAAACUCGAUGACAAAGACACGAGGUCGAAGAAACCACGACUCAAUGAAGUACCGACUUUCCUGAUUUGA